AAUCAACUUCUACACCAUUUCAUCACAUCACCUACAACAAAUCAUGACUUUCAUAUCCUUCUUCCACCACCUUCUCCUCAUAUCUUCUCUUCUCUUCACCCUCACAUCAUCAACCCCUUCAUUCAGACCUAAAGCACUUGUCCUACAAGUCUCAAAAGACCCAUCAACACUCCAAUACACAACCACACUAACCCAAAGAACCCCUCCUAUCUCAGUCCCUCUAACCAUCCAUCUGGGUGCCCAAUUCUUAUGGGUUGACUGCGACAAAAACUACGUCUCCUCCACUUACCGCCCUGCUCGGUGCAACUCUGCACAAUGCUCUUUAGCCAAUUCACACAGCUGCAGCACUUGCAAUGCUCCUGCUAGACCAGGCUGCAACAACAACACAUGUGGCCUAUUCCCCGAAAACCCCUUCAUUAGUACCUCCACUUCUGGUGAGCUUGCAAUGGAUCUUAUCCGGGUCUCCUCCACAGACGGGUCUUUCUCGGGUCCAGCUGUAUCUAUACCAAAUUUCAUCUUCAAUUGUGCACCCACUUCAUUGCUUAAAGGCCUACCCAAAAGAGUGCAGGGUAUAGCUGGUUUUGGAAGGUCUAAAAUCUCUGUCCCUUCUCAAUUCUCCUCUGCUUUCAGUUUUGUUAAAAGAUUCUAUCUUUGCCUUUCUUCAUCCCCAAACGGUGUCGCUUUUUUCGGGUAUGGACCCGAUGAACUUGUCCCAGGAUCUGGUGUAACCUUUUCUUUCACCCCUUUACUAAUCAAUCCUGUUAGCACUGCAGGAAGUUCUUUUGCAGGGGAAAAAUCUGCAGAGUAUUUUAUUGGUGUAAGAUCCAUUAAAAUCAACCAAAAAGAAGUACCCAUUAACAAAAAUUUACUGUCAAUAAACAAACAAGGAAUUGGUGGGACUAAAAUCAGUACAGUGGAUCCUUACACUGUUCUAGAAAGUUCCAUCUACAAAGCAGUGGCUGAGGUGUUCAUGAACGAGUUGGGAAACGUGUCGAAAGUUAAGGCUGUGGCACCAUUUAAGGUGUGCUAUGACUCGAGCUCGAUUUCGAGCUCGAGACUUGGGUAUGAAGUCCCUACAAUUGAUCUUGUGUUGCAAAAUGAGGAUGUGUAUUGGAGUAUAUCUGGGGCUAACUCUAUGGUGCAAGUGAAUGAUGGGGUUAUUUGCCUUGGAUUUGUUGAUGGUGGUGUGAAACCUAGGACUACAAUUGUUAUUGGAGGGUAUCAAUUGGAGGAUAAUUAUUUGAGGUUUGAUUUGGCAAGUUCUAGGCUUGGGUUUAGUUCAUCAUUGUUGCAUUUUAGGACUACUUGCUCCAAUUUUAACUUUGGUUCAUGAAUAUGAAUUUGUCGAUAAAAGUGACAUUCUGUAAUGAGAAAUGUCGAACUCAGUAGCAAACUCAAAGGGACGGAGACAAAGGAAGUAUUUAAUAUAUAUAUAUAUAUAUAUAUAUAU